GCUGCAGAGGAGGUGGCAGUGCAGUUGGCGGGCAACCACCAGUUGAGUAUGAGGAUAACAACUUCAGGACCAAACGAGUGCUUCCUGGUUUCCCAAGAUGGUCAGAUGCUUUGGUUGUUUGCGGUGGCUCAAGUGGGACGUGAAGUUCAUGGGGUGGGAAUCAAUCGAGACCGUGAUGUUGGUUUCAUGCUGGAGUAUCCAGAAGGCCUACCCACAGAGGAGCGGCUGGCACGAGAGCGGGAAGUUCUCGAGGCAGAAGAGCGAUCGAGGAUGCCCGUGGAGCGACCUGUUGUUGCUGGCUGGGAUGCAGCAAGACGCUUCUGGGAGGAGGUGCAGCGACCAAGGUGGGAAGCCCGCGUAGGGGUGAAUACAACCAAUGGUCGGGUUUGCUUCUGGGACACCAGAAUGUGGAAGCUGUUUCAGAGGGAAAUGCAGAUGCGGACCAUUUCCUUCGAUCAAGGGGCGAUGGGAGGAAGUUCCAAGAACAGCACUACUCUUGGGACAAAUAUCAAUGCUCUUAUGUCCCUUAAGAUUGAUGGCGUUCGAGUUGAUGAAGGGGAUUCACUACCUGAGCGUGGAGACAAGGACUAUGUGUGGACACCUGGGUUGGUUCGUGCAAUAACGGUAGCGCUGAACUUCUGGAGCAGAGAGGCUAAGUGUCCACCACGGUUGUUUGCUAUGAGUCCUACUCAAUGGCGAGCACACGUAAAUGGAAGCCAUGCAGAAUACAGAAAGGACUGCGCGACUUGUGUUAUGUCAAGAGGGGUGGGACGACAGCAUCGACGUGUACACCAUCCUGAAGCGUAUGUGCUCACUUCAGACGUCGCUGGACCAUUGUCUCCUGGGCUGGAUGCAACUUCGAAGGGCAGCAUGGGCAAGAACCUAAAGUAUAUGUUGGUGGCCAAGUAUAUGGUACCCAGGGAGUUUAUUACGGACUAUUCCGGUGCAGCACCUGAGAAUGAUGGGGUGGUACCAAGGGAAAAAGAGGAAGUGGAGCCCACCGGGUGUGAUGACAAGUUGGAUGAGCUGUUCGGCUUGGACCAGGAGGAGGGUGAGAUUGCCAAGGAGCUGACGGUCCCAGUCGAGAUUGAGGCCACACCUGAGGGGAUUAGUUCCGAUGAUCAUCCGGAUCAACUGGAUGAAGACCUACAGGAGUAUUAUCCUUCCGAGGAGGAGACCGAGGAGGUUGUACAGGAGGAAGAAGAUGAUGAUCACAAGCCCGAUCCGGCUAUGUGGCAUGGAGAUUGUGAGCCUCCUUCACUGACCUACCUUACGUUUGCGGCGUCGGAUGAGGAGGAGUCUGAUGCAGCUCAGUGGGAGAUGUAUUUGGAUCUGGAGCCAGGAAUGGUUAAGGUUACAGAUGCUCAUCAAGGCGAAGUUCAUGAGCCAAUGGUCAGCAAGGCGGAGCUGAGCUUCACAAGGGGCAUUGAAGAGAUCCUGAGUGGUCUCACUGGUCCACUAGACGUCACCUACAAUGUGAGUCCAGAUGAGGUGAUGAGAGAUCUAGAAAAAUGGCGUCCAGCGAUCCUAUACUAA